AUGAAGAAAUCUGUCAAAGCCAUAAACAUAUCUGGUCUGGCUCACGUGGAAAAUGAAGAACAGUAUACACAAGCACUGGAGAAAUUCGGAGGCAACUGUGUUUGCAGGGAUGACCCAGAUUUGGGAACAGCAUUUUUAAAAUUUUCUGUGUUUACAAAGGAAUUAACUGCACUCUUCAAAAAUUUGAUUCAGAAUAUGAACAACAUAAUCACUUUUCCAUUGGACAGUUUGCUGAAGGGAGAUCUGAAAGGAGUAAAAGGGGACCUGAAAAAACCCUUUGAUAAAGCUUGGAAGGACUAUGAAACAAAAGUUACAAAAAUAGAGAAGGAGAAAAAAGAGCAUGCUAAGCUGCAUGGGAUGAUCCGUACAGAAAUAAGUGGAGCUGAAAUUGCAGAAGAGAUGGAGAAAGAAAGAAGGUUCUUCCAGUUACAGAUGUGUGAGUACCUGCUGAAAGUCAAUGAGAUCAAGAUUAAAAAAGGAGUGGACUUGCUUCAGAACUUGAUCAAGUAUUUUCAUGCUCAGUGCAAUUUCUUUCAGGAUGGGUUAAAAGCAGUUGAAAGUCUCAAGCCUUCAAUUGAGACUCUCUCGACAGAUCUCUAUACAAUUAAACAAGCACAAGAUGAGGAAAGAAGACAAUUAACACAGCUUAGAGAUAUUUUAAAAUCAGCACUCCAGGUUGAUCAGAAAGAGUCUAGGAGAGAUUCUCAGAUUCGUCAGAGUACAGCUUACAGUUUACAUCAGCCUCAGGGAAACAAGGAGCAUGGCACUGAACGAAAUGGUAGUCUGUACAAGAAAAGUGAUGGAAUCAGAAAAGUGUGGCAGAAAAGGAAGUGCUCAGUUAAAAAUGGUUUUCUUACAAUUUCCCAUGGUACAGCUAACCGACCUCCAGCAAAGCUCAAUCUGUUAACCUGCCAAGUGAAAACAAACCCAGAGGAGAAAAAAUGUUUUGACCUCAUAUCACACGACAGGACGUACCACUUUCAAGCAGAAGAUGAACAGGAAUGUCAAAUAUGGACAUCUGUGCUACAAAACAGCAAAGAGGAAGCUUUAAAUAAUGCAUUCAAAGGAGAUGAUAACACAGGAGAAAAUAAUAUUGUCCAGGAACUGACAAAAGAAAUUAUAUCUGAAGUCCAGAGGAUGACUGGAAAUGAUGUGUGUUGUGACUGUGGAGCACAAGAUCCUACCUGGCUUUCAACAAAUUUGGGAAUUCUAACUUGCAUUGAAUGCUCAGGAAUCCAUAGAGAACUUGGUGUUCACUAUUCCAGAAUGCAAUCACUUACAUUAGAUGUGCUGGGAACAUCUGAACUUUUGCUUGCAAAGAAUAUUGGGAAUGCUGGGUUUAAUGAGAUUAUGGAAUUCUGUCUGCCAGUUGAUGAGAUGGUCAAACCUAAUCCAAGCAGCGAUAUGAAUGCAAGAAAAGAUUAUAUUACUGCCAAGUAUAUUGAGAGGAAAUAUGCAAGGAAAAAGCAUGCUGACAAUGCGGCUAAAUUACAUGCUCUUUGUGAAGCAGUCAAAUCAAGAGACAUUCUUGGAUUAGUCCAAGUAUAUGCUGACGGUGUGGAUCUCACAGAAAAAAUUCCACUGGCCAAUGGCCAUGUGCAAGACGAAACAGCACUUCACCUUGCUGUUAGGUCAGUUGAUCGAACAUCCCUUCAUAUAGUUGACUUUUUAGUGCAGAACAGUGGCAAUCUAGAUAAGCAAACAUGUAAAGGUAGCACAGCCCUGCAUUACUGCUGUCUGACGGACAACGUUGAGUGCCUCAAACUGCUGCUGAGAGGGAAGGCUUCUAUUGAAAUAGCUAAUGAAUCAGGAGAGACGCCACUUGAUAUAGCUAAACGCUUAAAACAUACUCACUGUGAAGAGUUGCUUACUCAAGCACUGUCCGGAAGAUUUAAUUCUCAUGUUCAUGUAGAAUAUGAAUGGCGGUUACUCCAUGAAGAUCUGGACGAAAGUGAUGAUGAUGUGGAUGAAAAGCUGCAGCAACCCAGUCCCAAUCGGAGAGAGGACAGGCCUGUCAGCUUCUAUCAACUUGGAUCAAACCAACUUCAGCCUAAUGUAGCGUCCUUGGCAAGAGAUGCAGCAAACAUUGCUAAGGAUAAGCAAAGGGGAUUUAUGCCGAGUAUAUUACAGAAUGAAACAUACGGAGCAAUACUCAGUGGCAGUCCACCUCCCAUUCAGCCUGCAGUACCUGUUACAAGUAGUGCACCUCCUCUACCUCCAAGGAAUAUUGGCAAAGUUCAGCCUUCAGUUCUUGGCAGUGGUAUUCAGACAAUUUCUUCAUCUAAUGCAAUGUGGAAGACAAAUUCUUUAGGAGUGGAAAGUAUAAGCAGGCAGAGGUCUUCAUCAGAUCCACCAGCUAUUCAUCCCCCUGUGCCGCCAUUGCGUGUAACAUCUACAAAUGUGCUUUCUCCAGCACCACCACCUCCAGUGGCAAAGACAGCCAGCAUUAUAGAAGCUUUGAACCAGCAAUCUAAACAGCAACCAGCUCCUCCACAAACUAAGCCAACCCCACCACCACUGCCCCCACAACCUCCUAGUAGAAUCUCUCAAAGAAAGCCUAUUCCUGGGACUGAGAAGUCGCCUGGCUUAACUAACAAAGGGCAGUCCAGAGGACUUGGGUCUCUACAACAAACUGCAGGAGAGUCUGUAUGUGAAAUUCCAGUAACACAAACUGGUUCUACAACAAAUACUUUGGCACAAAUCCAGCCACCAGCACCAAUGCCAAGGAAAUCACAAAUAUCAAAAACUAAACCCAAGAGAGUAAAAGCAAUUUACAACUGUGUAGCAGAUAACCCAGAUGAGCUAACUUUUUCAGAGGGAGAUAUUAUUGUAGUUGAUGGUGAAGAAGAUCAGGAGUGGUGGAUUGGUCAUAUUGAUGGAGACCCCAGUCGGAAAGGAGCUUUCCCUGUAUCAUUUGUGCACUUUAUUGUUGACUAAAUUGCUACUGAUAAGUGGAGACAUUUCUCAUUUCCAGCGGUCACAGAAAUAAGUUUUGCUCUAUUUCAUUUCAUCUACCUGUCUGCAGACACCUUGCCAGAGCACUGCCCAAGUCCUAGGUACUGUAGCUUACUUUUUUAUUGCCAUCGUUCUGAUUUUGGGACUUUUAAAACUUUUUUCUAUGUGAAGACUUCUCAUGAGCAGUUUAC